AUGCAGCCUCACAGAGUCUUCAUCUUUGGGGACCAAACCGGUGGCUUUGCUACUGGGCUCCAACAGCUCUUGCUGGACAAGACGAACCCAUCAUUGGUGUACUUUGUUGAUCAUGCCAACUUGGCGUUGAGACAAGAGCUGAGUCGUCUGCCCAGCACGGAUCGGGAAACACUGCCAUUGAUUGGCAGCGUCCAGGACAUUCUAACACUGCAUAAAAAGGGAGAGAGAAAUGUUGUAAUUGAUAGCAUACUGUCCACCGUGUAUCAUUUGGCCUGUUUCAUCUACAAAUAUGGCAACGCAGGAUGCGCCUAUCCCAAUAGGCAAGAUGUCCACGUCACGGGAAUGUGCGUGGGCUCGUUGGCCGCAGCAGCAGUCAGUUGCUCCCGCUCUAUAGGAGAUGUAAUAGUGGCUGGCAUCGUUGCCAUCCGAGCCGCCUUGAGAGUAGGCCUGCGUGCCCAUCAGGCGGCUCUGCUCAUCAGCAAUAGAGCAGCACCUCACACGCAUUGGUCGUAUGCUGUCUCAACCGAGUCCCUGCGGCUCGACUUGAUAAAAGAUGCACUUGAAAAAUUUGCACAAGACAUGGAUACCUCUCCUUUGAGCCAUCCCUACAUCAGCGCCAUCGGUUUAGACUCAGUUACCGUCAGCGGACCUCCAAGCCACCUGCAUCAGUUUUGGCGAGAAAAUACAACUUUCCACAAACCAAUCCCUAUCCCGAUCUGGGCUCCAUAUCACGGACCGCACAUUUUUGGGGACAGCGAUGUCGAAACCAUUAUUGAGAGUCUACACCCCAUUCCAAAACUAUCACAGCAAGCUCCUAUAAUCUCCAGCGGCAGCGGAGUGAUGGCUUCACAGACUUUGGCCGACUUGAUUCGAGCCGCGUUACGGGACAUCCUCUUGCAUCGGCUCGACUUGCCAGCACUGGUGGGCCAUAUCAAGGACAUUUUCAGAUCAUCCCCGAACCAAGACUUUGCAAUGACCCCAAUCGCAACAAAUGCAGCCACAAGCUUGGUUGCCACCACGGCCAAGGCCGCAGGAAACACGGGCAGCGUGGACAAUGAAAUAAUGGACGCGGCGGCGCUUGCGGGAAGUGCAAGCCGAGCAACGUCCGCCAAAACCCACGACUCCAAAAUCGCCAUCAUUGGCAUGUCGGGGCGCUUCCCAGAGGCCGCCGACCUAGAUUCCUUCUGGAGUCUUCUCGAGCAAGGCGUCGACGCGUAUCGGCCGGUCCCCCCGGACCGCUUCGACGCCCACGCGCACCAUGACGAGACUGGACGGCGCAAAAACACGAGCAAGGUGCUGGGUGGGUGUUGGAUAAACCAGCCCGGGCUCUUUGACCCCAAGUUCUUUAGCAUAUCGCCCAAGGAGGCAGAGCAGUCGGACCCGGCGCAGCGGCUGGCUCUGCAAACCGCGUACGAGGCGCUUGAAAUGGCCGGCGUGGUUCCCGACAGGACGCAGUCGACGCAGCGCGAUAGGGUGGGCGUCUUUUACGGCAUGGUGAGCGACGACUGGAGGGAGAUUAACAGCGGGCAGAACAUCGACACGUACUUUAUUCCUGGCGGCAUCCGGGCGUUUACGCCGGGCCGCAUUAAUUACCACUUCAAAUUCAGCGGACCUAGCAUCACUGUCGAUACGGCUUGCUCGUCUAGUCUGGCGGCCAUCCACGUGGCGUGUAAUUCUCUGUGGAGGGGCGACUGUGAUACGGCGGUUGCGGGCGGCGUGAAUGUUCUCACCAACCCGGACAUUUUUGCGGGUUUGGACCGCGGACAUUUUUUGUCGACGACCGGCAACUGCAAGACAUUCGACGACGAUGCAGAUGGAUACUGCAGGGCCGACGGCGUGGGAACCGUCAUUCUCAAGAGGCUCGAGGACGCCGUCAUGGACAAGGAUCCGAUCCUCGCCGUCCUCAACAGCGCCUACACAAAUCACUCUGCGGAAGCAGUCUCCAUAACGAGGCCUCACGCCGGCGCCCAAGAGCUCAUCUUCUCCAAGCUGCUGAGGGAAACGGGCAUCCAUCCUCACGAUGUCAGCUACAUUGAAAUGCAUGGGACGGGCACCCAGGCGGGAGAUGCAACCGAGAUGAGUUCUGUCCUGCGCACCUUCGCCCCUGAUACCGGCCGCCUGUCAAGUCAGACUUUACAUCUGGGCUCAGCGAAAUCCAAUGUCGGACAUGGCGAAGCCGCGUCUGGCGUCACGUCUCUGAUUAAAGUUUUGUUAAUGAUGAAGCAUAACACGAUUCCUCCCCACUGCGGGAUCAAGGGCCGAAUCAACCACCGGUUCCCAACCGACCUCCGUGAACGCAACGUCUUUAUUGCCUCGCAGCCGGUGGCGUGGAAUAAGCCUCACGCGGGCUCCGGCAAGCGACGGGUGUUUAUCAACAACUUUUCCGCGGCGGGAGGCAACUCAGCUCUGUUGCUGGAAGACGCUCCUACCGACGAGCACCCCGAGACCAAAGAUCCGCGAUCGACUCACAUCGUUGCCGUGUCGGCAAAGUCCUCCACAUCACUGGCGAAUAACUUGAAAAGGCUGAGGGAUUUUGUACAAGACAAUAUACACGACUUGGAUUCGCUCUCCAAGUUGUCCUACACAACCACGGCACGGAGGAUACACUACCCGUUCCGGGCUGCCAUGGCCGUUUCAUCCAGGGACCAAUUGCUCCAAGGUAUCGAGUCUGUUCUUCUCCGUGACGAGAUGCCCAAACCAGGCAAAAGCCAGAAGAACAUAGGCUUUGUCUUUUCAGGACAGGGAGCACAGUACGCCGGCAUGGGGCGGCAUCUGUUCCACAACAAUCACACGUUCCGCACGCAAAUCUUGGCAUGUAAUCAGAUUUGUCUCAGCCAUGGCUUUCCGUCUAUACUGGAAAUCUUCAAGCAAGACGUCGACAUGAACAGUCUCGAACCGCUCCUUGUCCAGCUCGGCACCACCUGCCUGCAAAUGAGUCUGGUGGCGUUUUGGAAAUCCCUAGGCGUCACGCCAGACUUUUGCAUCGGGCACAGCCUCGGCGAGUAUGCCGCGCUGCAGGCGGCGGGCGUGCUCUCCGUCAGCGACACAAUCUACCUGACUGGCAUCCGAGCACGGAUGCUUCAGGAGAAAUGCAGCGCCGGGAGCCACGCGAUGCUUGCCGUCAGGGCGCCCCUGGCCCGGGUGAAUGCCUUGCUCGACCCGGCCAUUCACGAGGUGACUUGCCUUAACGGCCCCCAGGACGUCGUCAUAGGCGGCCGGGUGGCAGACGUGGAAGAGCUUGAAAAGGAACUUGCCAAACAAGACAUCAAGGCGGUCAAGGUCAGCGUCCCGUUUGCCUUCCACUCGACGCAGGUAGAGCCGAUCCUUGGUGAAUUCUGCGACGCUGCACGGGGGGUGCCGUUCCAAACGCAGAAUAUACCCGUGAUAUCUACGCUCCUGGGCGAGGUUGUUCAGCCUGAAGCGACGGGUGUUUUCGGACCGGGAUAUCUCAAGAGGCACUGUCGAGAACCUGUCAACUUUGCUGCUGCUGUUGAGGCUGCAAGGGACGCCAACGUGAUACAUGCCGGGACGGUCUUUGUAGAAAUUGGACCUCACCCCGUGUGUUUGGCUCUUUUGAAAUCCAACAUGGGCCCGGACGCGGUGACGUUGGCGUCGCUGCAUCGCAAGGACGACGGCUGGAAGGUGUUGGCCGACACGCUUGCUGCGCUGUAUCAGGCUGGGCUGAAAAUCAACUGGGACGAGGUGCACCGCGACUUUGCGUCCUGCCAGGAGGUGCUUCCGCUGCCGAGUUAUUCCUGGGACAAUAAGAACUAUUGGAUCCAGUAUGUUCACAACUGGACCUUGACGAAGGGUGAUGAGCCGGCCGCCACGGCCGAGACGACGGCGCUCCAGGCCCUGGACGGUUUGACGAGUUCUGUCCAGAAAAUCAUUCGGCAGACAGACGGGCCCGGAUCCUUGGUUACCAUUGUGGUGCAGUCCGACUUUGGGAGUGCUCGGCUGGCUGAAGUCGCUCAGGGGCACAAGGUGAAUGGCGAGAUGCUCUGCACUUCGUCGCUGUAUGCUGAAAUCGGAAUGACGCUGGGGCGUCAACUACUCGAAAAGUAUAGGCCCGAUCUCGAUGGAUACAGCACGGAAAUCAAGGACAUGUCUGUCGACAAGCCACUGAUUCUCAAAGACGAGAACAAACGAACCCUCUUCAGAGCAGAGGUCGUUCACGACAAGAGCACCCACACGGCCACCAUGUCUAUAUACUCUGUCGACAGUGCGGGAAACAAGACGGUAGAUCACGCCCGCUGCCUUCUGCGGUUUGCCGAUCCAACGUCGUGGCUCGACGAGUGGGAGCGCACCCAUUAUUUGAUUGACAGGAGCGUGCGCUGGCUCGAAGAGAGAGCGGAACAAGGGACCGACAGCCUCCUCUCCAGGGGCAUCGUGUACAAGCUCUUUUCUUCGCUCGUCGACUACAGCCCCUCGUUUAAAGGGUUGCAGGAAGUCAUUCUCAACAGCGGCGACAGAGAGGCCGCGGCCAAGGUGAGGCUACAGGCGAAAAAGGGAGACUUUGACUGUAAUCCAAUGUGGAUCGAUAGCUUUGGCCAGCUGACGGGGUUUCUCAUGAAUGGCCACGACUUCACGGGCAAGGACGAGGUGUUUAUCAACCAUGGUUGGAGGUCGAUGCGGUGUGCGAAGCCGUUUCGAAAGGACGCCGUGUACCGAACGUACAUACGCAUGCAGCAUGUCGAGAAGACAAAGUACCGCGGGGAUCUGUAUAUAAUAGAAGACGGGGUGAUUGUUGCCGUGUUUGGGGGAAUGACGUUCCUUGGAAUGUCCCGCAGCCUGUUGAACAAGGUUCUGCCUCCUAGACGGGGUACGGAUGCCAUCAACACAGCUCAUCCCGUGGCCGCUGCGCAGCAAGGGAUGGCGGCGUCUGCAAAAGAUACCGAGCGACGGCCCUUGGAUAUCCCAACUCGGGCCCAGCGUCAACCUAGCUCCGCUCAGACCGGUACGAUGGGUAGAAUUCUGGCAAUAUUAUCGAAAGAGGUUGGACUUUCUAUGGAGACCUUGACAGAUGAUUUGGUCUUUGCCGACUACGGCGUGGACUCUCUUCUCUCUCUUACCAUUACGGGCCGGAUACGAGAGGAGCUCGGCCUGGACAUGGACUCGUCCAUCUUUACCCAUUACAGCACCCUGGGCGAGCUGAAAGCCUUCCUCGGCGCGGACCAGCUCCCAGACGAUGCCGUGGCCUGCGAGUCCAGCAACGGACAGCACACGCCUCAAACCAGCGACAAAGGGUCUGGCACACUCGCCGUCCAAAAGACCGACGACGACACCAGUCCCGACAUGACUCUCAAUAGAGUGUGUGCCAUUAUCGCAGAAGAGGUUGGGAUAUCGGUGCAGGAGUUGUCCAGCAGCCAGGACUUUCAGGAGCUUGGGAUAGACUCUCUGUCGUCACUCACCAUCCUCAGCCGCGUCCGGGAAGAGCUGCAGCUCGACCUCGAAUCAGACUUUUUCGACACGCACCCCUCCUUCUACUCUCUCCAAAAGGCCCUCUGCGGAAGCGAAGCGGCUUCGAACGGAGCGCCAGAGGCCAACGAGACGACUCCAUCCAGCCAUCGUCUCGAGUCGGACCUGCGCAGCAUCACGUGGCAGUCGGGCCAGAAUAUCGUCGCGUCACCGCCGCACGCGACGUCUAUACUGGUCAGCGGGUCUCCGUCCACGGCGAGAAUGAUCUUGGUCCUGUUCCCCGACGGCUCUGGCUCUGCGGCAUCGUACGGCGCCCUGGCUCCCAAGAUCCGGAGGGACAUUGCCGUCUACGCACUCAACUGCCCCUGGCGCACGAACGGCGAGGAAAUCCUCCGUCUGGGCGUCACCCUGGACCAAAUGGUGGCCAAGCACCUCGUUGAAGUUGGUCGCAUUCUCGACAGCCACCGGCACGGCCGGCCCGGGUCUGCCAACGCCUCCGUCGGCUUAGCCCUGGGCGGCUGGUCGGCCGGGGGCAUCCUCGCCCUCGAGGCAGUGCGGCAGCUGGGUGAGGCCGGCGUCGCGGUGCAGAAGAUGGUGCUGCUGGACGCUCCGAAUCCCAUUGGGCUGCAGAACCCGCCGCCUCGCAUGUUUCACUUCUUGGAUGAGUUGGGGAUCCUCGGGGCCGGCAAGGGCAAGGCGCCGGCGUGGGUGCUCCGGCAUUUCGACGCCAUGGUUAAUCUUUUGAAGUCGUAUAGGCCUCGGCGGCUGGGGGCGGAGGAUGCGCCCAAGUGUCUGAUUGUGUAUGCGAAGGACGGGAUUUGCAAGGACCCUGAUGGGCCGAGGAUGGAUACGAAGCCGGAUGAUGCGCGUGAGAUGUUGUGGUUGUUGUAUAAUCGUGUUGACUUCUCGGCCGAGGGGUGGAAGACCUUGGUUGGGCAGCAGAAUCUGGCUGUGGGCGUGGUUGACGACGUCAAUCACUUUUCUAUGAUGAACCCGGGGCCUAAGAUGAUAGAGAUGGGGAAUUUGAUUGGGGAAUUUUUGCUUGGUCCCAGCUAG